UGAAGCUGCAUCCAUUGCUAACGAGAGUGGAGUGGUAGAUCAUUUCGAUUUUGCUUUUCUCUCUUGCUUGAUUGAUCGGUGCUUCGGUCCAUUGUUGGACAGCGACGAAUCCUCCGGCCACCGGCAAGGACCGCAAGUGAUCAGUGAGGAUGCUAAACACGACGGCGGCUAUGGUGAGCGGCGGUGGCGGCGACAAGGGCGGCGUGCUGCCGCUGUCGUCCCUUAACCAUAUCAGCAUAGUCUGCACGUCGGUGAAGGAGUCGCUCGACUUCUACAUGAACGUCCUCGGGUUCACCCCCAUCCGCCGCCCCGGCUCCUUCGACUUCGACGGCGCAUGGCUAUUCAACUACGGGGUCGGCGUCCACCUGCUGCAGUCGGAGCAUCGCGAGAGCUUACCGGCGAAGAAGGAGAUCAACCCCAAGGAUAACCACAUCUCGUUCCAGUGCGAGAGCAUGGUGGCGGUGGAGCGGCGGCUGAAAGAGCUGGACAUCCCGUACAUCCAGCGGUGCGUGGAGGAGGGCGGCAUCUACGUGGACCAGAUCUUCUUCCACGACCCUGACGGCUUCAUGAUCGAGAUCUGCAACUGCGACAACCUCCCGGUCGUCCCGCUCGUCGACCAGACUUUAGCCAUGGCCGCCUGCAAGAGGAUUCCCUCCGUCAAGCAACAGCAGCUGCCCAUGAGUGCGGCACAAGCGCCCCCUGCUCCGGCGGCAGUGGCCACACAGUGCAUUCCGGCGCCAAACCCGGCGAUGCAGCGCGUCGGCGGCGAGGAGGUGGCGCAUAUAUCGUGCGCGUAAGGGGUGGGAGGCCCGGCCGCUGAAUGGUGGCGCGCUCCGUGGAGUCGUGGUUUUUGUACAUUGAUAUGAGAGUGUGCGUAUGAAUAAAGUGUGGGCAGCAGGGUGUAGUUUCUGUUGGCUUUUAAACCGGAGAUCAAAUAAUCGCAAUCACCGAAGAUCUACAACGUUUAAACCGGAGA